GAAGAGGCGGAAGAAGUCAAGUCACCAGUGUUUUACGCUAACAAAGAUAAUAAAUGUGAGGAAACUUUAUCUAACAGAGAUGAGGAGACAGCAGGCUGAACAAAGAGACCGAGGGUCUACGGAAGAAAUGGAGUUUCUGGAAACAACAGUCGCAGAUUAUAAAGAGGAACGAUGUCGUUUAAAGGACGAACUGCGACACAACGAAACACAAGACGCUGUUUUCAACCCAGAAGUUCCGCUUCACAGAUUAGAUGUUCAGCAGAUGGUGCUGAUUAAAGAAGAAGCUCCUCAAGGAUGGAUGCUUGGUGUGGACCAACAGGAUCCAAAUACCCUCAGCAUAAAGGAGGAAGAGGAGGAACUGUGGACCAGUCAAGACGGAGAGCAGUUUUGUGUGAAAAAGGAGACUAAUGACACCGGGUUUGCAUUCACUGCUGUUCCUUUGAAGAGUGAGGAAGAUGAAGAGAAACCUCUGUUUUUACAGCUUCAUCAGCACCAAGUAAAAGAGGAAGAUCUUCCAACCAGCAGCUCAAUUGACCAGAUGAAAGCAGCAACUGGUGGAGAGGACUGUGGAGGAGCAGAGACUAUCAGGAACCCAGAUCAAAAUACUUAUGGAGAUGAUUGCAGCUCUUCAGAGACUGAAGUCAGUGAUGAUGAUGAUGUAAAUGACUCUGACUCUCAGCUAAAAGACUUAGACUAUGGAUCAGAACCUGAAUAUGGUGACAAGGACUGGAAGGAGAGCAGAGCUCCUGAGUCAGGCGUACACACUGUCAAGAAGUCUUGCAGUUUCAGUGAGCAUGGGAAACAGUUUCACAAGACAAGUCAGUCAAUGAUGUCUUCAAGUUGUUUAGUUAUCAAGGAAUGUUUUGAAAUGAAGAAAACUGGAGACUCGAUCAAGAAAAAACAGUCAAGACAGAACUCAUUUAGUUGUGAAGACUGUGGAAAAAAUUUUAACAGUAAAGCUAAUCUAAAGACACACAUGAUAGUUCACACAGGACAGAAACCAUUUGCUUGUGAUCGGAGGUAUCCCGGCAAAGGUAACGAGUCGUGA